GUGACGCAGCGCGCGACUCGCCCCUGCUUUUCAGUGCAGGAAACCCCGAACUCGCGGAGCUGCCAACGCCCGGGCGCAGAGAAAUAAACAGAAAGGAUACGAUCUUGAAUGAGAACAGUGGAUUUAUAAAAGCACAGCUAUGCAGACGAUCAAGUGUGUUGUUGUUGGCGAUGGUGCCGUGGGUAAAACCUGUCUAUUAAUCUCCUAUACAACUAAUAAAUUCCCUUCUGAAUAUGUACCAACGGUAUUUGAUAACUAUGCAGUUACGGUUAUGAUCGGUGGUGAGCCGUACACUCUUGGACUGUUUGACACUGCAGGUCAGGAAGAUUAUGAUAGAUUACGACCCUUGAGCUACCCUCAGACAGAUGUCUUCUUAGUCUGUUUCUCAGUUGUUUCACCUUCUUCGUUUGAAAAUGUCAAAGAAAAGUGGGUACCUGAGAUCACCCACCACUGUCCAAAGACCCCCUUCCUGCUGGUGGGCACACAGAUUGAUCUAAGAGACGAUCCCUCGACCAUUGAGAAGCUUGCCAAGAACAAACAGAAACCCAUCACUCCGGAGACAGCAGAGAAGCUGGCUCGUGAUUUGAAGGCCGUCAAAUAUGUGGAGUGCUCCGCUCUGACGCAGAAAGGACUAAAGAACGUAUUUGACGAGGCGAUUUUGGCAGCCCUGGAGCCUCCAGAGCCCAAGAAGAAGCGCAAAUGUGUGCUGCUAUGAGCUUUCUAUUCCCAUCACCCCCUCCCUGUCCCCUCUGUGCUCUGCUAAGGCUGGUCCACAGCUUUACACUUUAAAAGCAAUGUGUAAAAAAAACGUGAUUUUGAAUAUUUGCUCUGCAAUAAAGAUAUAAAGAGUAUCCAACCAUAUAGACAUGCACACAUAAAUGUAAACACACACACACACAUGCCCGAUUAAUAUAAAACAAAACCUAGAGGGCCUUCAUUAGUUUGAUCUCUGGCUCUUACUUCUGUACUUCACGGUGAGAUGCAGCUGAAUUUUGUCGUGUAAGUGGGUGAAUUUUAUAGUAACGCUUCGCAGAUGAGUCUUGUGUAGUUUUAGGUCGUAUCUGUUUCCAUUAAACAGUUGUCAAACGACCAUUAUUCUGACCUGAGCAAAUAAUACAAUUUUAACAUUACAAUAAGUUACUGUAUUUUGAAGCGCGCACUAAGGUCGCCUGUAAUCCCCGUCUCACAAUAUCACCUGAAGUGCUUAGAAAUAAUAGCUCCUUUUUCUUUGCCAAUAUUCCCAUUUAAUAGUCAUCUGAGACAGCGGCCCUGUAUAUGGCUCUGUUGUAUUUGGUGGAUAACUAUACUCCUCACAGUGAUUGGUUUAUCUCAAGCAGGGAACUUUCUAACAGUGUUAGCAGAACAUGUGGCGUGUUCUAAUGUGUCGCCAGGGACCAUGGAAUUGAUAUUUCCAAAACUUGUGAUGCAUGUAGGUAAUCCUCCAGGUUCCUUUGGAUAGGUUAACAUUUAAUUAAUAAUAAUGUAAGCUGACAAAUUAUUGUGGGCUGCAUUUGUUUUUACCAAAUGUCUUCGUUGUUUGUUUUUGUUGUCGUAAUUUUUUAUUUCGUUUUAUUUUUCUUUGAUAAAGGUUUACUCCUUUAAGUUGUUUAAUGGCUGGAUCCCAGCAAUUUUCUGAUCCACCUGUGUUUUUAGGGAAGUAAACCUAGUAGGAAUCCAGUAUAUGCUAACUUCUCUGAAAAACAGUCAUUUCUCUAUUGAACCAAGUGUGUAGUAGUGCAACGCAGGUGGAUCAGAGGUUUUUGAUUUCCAGUCUUCCCCUCUUUCUAGUUUUUGUUUUUAUUUUUGUUUGGUGUAAACCAAAUGCUCUGUAUGAAGUCUCUCCUUUGUACUGUAUAUGCAUUCUUUUGAGAAAAAAUAUUAAACUUAUACCUUAAUUGCCUUUGA